CUCUUUAUUAUUAAUGCAUAAAUAUAUACUAUAUUACUAUUAUUACAAACGCUGAAAUCGGAGAGUGACCAAAGAAUUGAAAGCGCGAUUAACGCUGCCCGACACUGUUCGACGCCUGUCCUUAACCAAGGAAGCUUCAAUUACCCUUUCCCAACCACAACGGCUAACCCGUAACGAGAUAUAACAACACAACACCCAACACGCUUGCUCUUUUAGAUAAGCCAAAUAUUUUAAAUUAAGAAUACUAGUGUUAGUGUUAGUGUUAGUGUAUGUGUGUUUGUUUCUCUUUGCCCUGGUGUUUCUGUGGAGUGGAGACAACACUAUUGACUCUACCUCUAUACCACUGUUAUAAUUUUCUCCACAUAAAUUCAACAAGCUCUAACUGCUAUUGGUGUUAUUAUUAUUAUUAUUAUAAUAUCGUUAGUAUUAUGGUUCUUGUCCUUGUCCUCUUCUCACUCCCAAAUCCCAAUUCUCAACUCCACGCCACAUUCAAAGCUGCAAGUCCAGAGAAUUAAUUCAACCAAUACGAUCGAGUUUUCUGAUAUGGAUUUUGGGCCACAAUUGAAGCCCGGGUCAGGUCCAAAGCAAUGGCGGGGUUGUUCCCAUUAGGCGGAGGACGAGGUAGCAGCAACCAACAAUACAACAACCAAGGCAGUGAGAUUCCACACGCGGAGACGUGGUACAGCAAAAACGACGACGCAUCGUCCUACCGAGGGCUUGAGCUAUGGAACCAGCACCAGCAGCAGCAGCAUCAUUAUCACCAUCACCAUCACGUGAUGCAUCCGCAUGCGCGUCCCCUCCUGCAGCGAGAUCUUUACUCGUCGGGGGUGGGGCCCAGCAGGGGCGUCUCCGAUGACCAGUCGUCGUCGCGGUCGGCGCUGGCGGCGAUGCGCGCGGCGGAGGGAGGGAUAAGCUGCCAGGACUGCGGGAACCAGGCGAAGAAGGAUUGCCCUCACAUGCGGUGCAGAACGUGCUGCAAGAGCCGCGGGUACGAGUGCCAAACGCACGUGAAAAGCACGUGGGUUCCGGCUUCAAAGCGGCGCGAGCGGCAGCAGCAGCUCGCGGCGCUUCAGGAGCAGCAGCAGAGAGACAUUUCGAAACGGCCGAGGGACCCAACGGCUUGCACUGCUCGUUUGCCCUCGUCAGGGUUAGAAGAAGGGCAUUUUCCUGCUGUGGUGAGUUCUCCCGCGGAGUUCAGGUGCGUGAAGGUUAGCUGUUUGGAAGAAGCUGAUGACAGGUACGCGUACCAAACGGCGGUGAAAAUAGGAGGACAUAUGUUCAAGGGAAUCCUCUAUGACUAUGGUCCUGAAAAUAGCAAUAAUAAUAGUGGUAAUAAUAAUUACAUGACUGGGGAAACCUCUGCUGGUGUUGGUGGAAGUCAGCCCUUGAACUUUUCUGUUUCUGGGGCUGUUGCGUCUUCUUCUGCUGCACUUGUUGAUCCUUCUUCCUUAUAUCAAGCUCCACAUAACACCUUCAUGUCUGCUAGUGGUACGCAAUUCUUCCCUCACACGAGAUCUUGAAAAAGGAAAACACAAAAUGGGGAUUGCGUAUUGUAUCCCAUGUAGUACGUUCUUCUCUUUCACCAAUGCAACUUUGUGUUUAGAUCAUUUGAUGAUGAUAUUAUUGUUGAGAAUGAGGCCUUGAGGAAAAUUUGACACCCAUAUUGAAGUGGGGGGUGAGAGAAAGAAAAGACAGGAGUGAACAAGAGAGAAAAACACAUAUAUGGAUGUUUGUAUUUUUUUUUUUGUGCAAAUUAUCAAUGCUUAGUUCAAAAAUAGAUCAUUCUUCUUCUUCCCUUUGAAAAUUAGCUAAAGUUAUUUGUUUCUUAGCUUUGUACGAUAUAAGGACACAUCUGGUUCUAAUGUUGGUUUGGUGUAGCGUGUGUUCGUUCAUUUAAUCAGAUGCAUUAUUGAUAUUGUA